AUGAAAGGUUUACGUAACCUCCUUAAUAAGGAUUAUGAAGAUUUUCUAUAACAAAAACUUGAAUAGAAUAAUCCAAACAAAUUGAUAACUAAAAGAACCGUUGCAACUAGGGAAUCAGGUAGACCUGUUGGAUCUCGAAUGUACUAAAGACUUUAAAAACCUGAAUCAGCAAGUUAAAGCAUGGGAAAUCUAUUUGCAAAUGUGAAAGGAAAUUUAUUCGCAAAUCCGAAACAUUCCCUUUAAUAGGAGGCUAGUCCCUACCUAAUUGAAUAAUAAGAAAAGUUUAUUGUUAAGUAAUAUUGGAGAUCCUUACUUCGUUGGCAAGGAUUUGAUGACUAUCUCUUCUUGAGGGAUCCACUUAAUAUCAAGCAUAUAAAAGGGAGGGAUAUUUUAACAAAGAAUGAUGUAGUUGAGGAAUUGAAUUCAUCAAAUAUGCAUAUGCAAGUAAUGUAUUAAGCAGACAGUGGAAUGCAAGAAUAUAAAGAUUAACAUAGGAGAUUGCAGAUGCAACAAUUAUAGAAAUUAUAUCAACCUGGGGAAGCAAAUUAUUAGAAAUUCAAUCCAGAUAAAUAUAAAUAAACAUUUUUCGGUGGGAGAGAUGCAGCUAAGUUGUAGUAGAUAGUGUUUGAGAAUCCAAAGUUUGUAGAGUUUAUUGAAAAGAUACAGAAGUUGCUAUAGAUUAUGAACGAGAAGAUGGUUGUUGAGGAAGUGAAUUAGAUUUCACCUAUUGGAGAGAGGAUGAUUAGGUUAUUAUGGAAGACAGGGUGUUUGAACAUGUUUUUAGUUGGUUAUUACAUUCAUAAUAUGAUAUUGGAGAUAUAUGGCAAGGAGAAACUGGCAUAUUCCAAUUGGAAAAAGGUAUUGAGAAUUUGUAAUAUGCAAGGGAAUCACUGUCAUAAAUAUAAACUAAUAGCUUAUAAGCACAUAGCUAAGAUUUGUAUUAAACUUUAGUAGUACGACAAAAGUUUAAUUUACCUCAAGAAGAUGCUGAAAUUAUCAUGGAUAGUUAAUGACACCAACUAUGAGAUCUUUACUUAUGAUAAAAUCUCAUUGUGCUAUUAUUACAAAUAAAACAUGAAUAAAGCCAUCUAUUAUCAUGAGAAAUUUGCUUAAGGAGAGUAUGAAGAACCAGGCAAAGGCAUGAGAAAUGUGGGUGAAGCAGCGUAUUUAUUGGAUGCUAAAACCAAAGAAGGAUUUAUUGAUCAAAAUUCGUACUCUGAAGAUGAAUAUGAUUUAGAUGUAUUGUUACAGAAUGGUAAUCUUAAUAAGUGGGAAACUGAGAACAAGAGGAAGGAUCUCAAAAUAUUGGUCAAGAAAAUACCAAUGGAAUAUAAGAAAGGACAUAGUUUUGGUAAGAUUCAUAGGCCAACAAACAAGGUCAUCGAUUUUAAACAUGCCAUGUUAAUACUGCAUCAAUUCUAAAAUAAAUAAGCAGUUCCAUUGGGACCUAUUUAUUAGAAAGAAGUACAGGAAUAGUAGGAACAAACUGUCAAGAAAUUUAAAAAGAAAGAUUAAACUCAAUCAUGUCAAUAUUUGUUUAAUUAAAAAAGCACCAAUAGAGUGGCAUCCAACUUUUUAUUGUAAGAAGAGAUUAAGGACUAAACCACCAAUGACACUUUGUGUUUUAAACCGUCUGAAAAUAUUUACUACAUCAAAAAAAUGAUCAGGGUCUUUUAAUAUGAUCUUAAGUAUUUAUUAUAGAAACAAUCUCUUUUUAAAAACUCCACUGAUAGUAUAUGA